GGGUGUCGUUGGCUGGAGGCCUCAAUGCUCCAGCGAUUUCAGAGUACAUUGGUAAUAGCUGAACACACAAAUGAGUCUCUAACACCCAUUACACUAAAUGCUAUCACUGCAGCAAAGCAGCUUGGAGGUGAAGUAUCUUGUUUAGUAGCUGGUACUAGCUGUGACAAGGUAGCAGAAGAACUCAGCAAAGUGCAGGGUAUUGCAAAAGUUUUAGUGGCUCAGCAUGAUAUGUACAAAGGAUUUCUAGCAGAGGAGCUGACACCAUUGAUUUUGGCAACUCAAAAACAGUUUAAUUACACACACAUCUGUGCUGGAGCAUCUGCUUUUGGAAAGAAUCUUCUUCCUAGAGUGGCAGCUAAACUUGAUGUUGCCCCUAUUUCUGACAUCAUUGAGAUUAAAUCAUCUGACACAUUUGUGCGAACUAUUUAUGCAGGAAAUGCUCUGUGUACUGUGAAGUGUGAUGAAAAAGUAAAAGUGUUUUCUGUACGGGGAACCUCUUUUGAAGCUUCACCAGUGAGUGGUGGUAGUGCUAGUGUAGAAAAAGUAACAGCUCCAUCACCAGUUGGUCAGUCUGAAUGGAUUGAGCAGAAGUUAACACAAAGUGAUCGUCCAGAGCUUACAAGUGCAAAAGUGGUCGUAUCGGGUGGACGAGGUUUGAAGAGUGGUGACAACUUCAAAUUGUUAUAUGACCUUGCAGAUCAGUUGAAUGCAGCAGUUGGUGCUUCUCGUGCAGCAGUUGAUGCUGGCUUUGUUCCCAAUGACAUGCAGGUUGGGCAGACGGGCAAAAUAGUAGCACCAGAACUUUAUAUUGCUGUUGGAAUAUCUGGAGCAAUCCAGCAUUUAGCAGGGAUGAAAGACAGCAAGACCAUAGUUGCUAUUAAUAAGGAUCCAGAAGCUCCAAUUUUCCAGGUUGCAGACUAUGGAUUGGUGGCAGAUUUAUUUAAGGUAGUUCCUGAGCUAACUGAAGCAUUAAAGAAAAAGUGAUUUUGAAGAAAAGAAAGAUCUGUGUGCAACACCAUUGAGUUGCUGGUUUCAGGCAGACUUUGAAAUAAUGAAAAAUUGUCUACAUUCUAACUUUGUCCUGUGUACUACCCUCAUUUGCCUUUUCAGCUGAUGUUGGACUGCAGAUAAUUUUGUGACCUGUCCCCCAAAUUCUAUAAUAAAACAUACAAUGUAAAAUCUA